AUGUUGAACGGCAGUACAUGUAUAACGUGUGUUAGAAUAUGCAAAAAAUCCUCUGAAGUGUAUACGGAGAAAAAAAAGGAUAGGGAUUUUAUUUUACAUUUUCAACUCAGACAUCUUCAAGCAAUUUCACACCCUUCCUUUGCUCUGCAUCACUGGGAGCUCUUUUUCGUCGAAGAUUUCCUUCUGGUCGAAGAUAUUGUUGGCUUACGUGACGAUGUGGGAAGUCGCGGGGUCGUUGACCCUCUCACUGUCGUCUUUAGAGGAGUUGUCGUUGACGUUCUCACUGUCGUCCUUAGAGGAGUUGUCGUUGACGUGCUCUCGGUUGUGGUUACAGGAGUUGUCGUUGAAGUGCUCUCGGUUGUGGUCAGAGGAGUUGUCGUUGACGAGCUCGCGGUUGUGGUCGUUGGUGCAGUCGUUGAUGAAGUUGACGUGCUCACUGUCGUCGUUAGAGGAGUUGUGGUUGACGUGCUUCCUGUCGUGGUUGAUGAAGUUGACGUACUCUCGGUUGUGGUCAGAGGAGUUGUGGUUGACGUGCUUCCUGUCGUGGUUGAUGAAGUUGAAGUGCUCUCGGUUGUGGUCACAGGAGUUGUCGUUGACGAGCUCGCGGUUGUGGUCGUUGGUGCCGUCGUUGAUGAAGUUGACGUGCUCUCGGUUGUGGUCAGAGGAGUUGUCGUUGACGAGCUCGCGGUUGUGGUCAGAGGAGUUGUUGUUGACGAGCUCGCGGUUGUGGUCGUUGGUGCCGUCGUUGAUGAAGUUGACGUGCUCACUGUCGUCGUUAGAGGAGUUGUCGUUGACGUGCUUCCUGUCGUGGUUGAUGAAGUUGACGUGCUCACUGUCGUCGUUAGAGGAGUUGUCGUUGUCGUGCUUCCUGUCGUGGUUGAUGAAGUUGAAGUGCUCUCGGUUGUGGUUACAGGAGUUGUCGUUGACGUGCUCUCGGUUGUGGUUACAGGAGUUGUCGUUGACGUGCUCUCGGUUGUGGUCAGAGGAGUUGUCGUUGACGUGCUCUCGGUUGUGGUCAGAGGAGUUGUCGUUGACGAGCUCGCGGUUGUGGUCGUUGGUGCCGUCGUUGACGUGCUUCCUGUCGUGGUUGAUGAAGUUGACGUGCUCUCGGUUGUGGUUACAGGAGUUGUCGUUGACGUGCUCUCGGUUGUGGUUACAGGAGUUGUCGUUGACGUGCUCUCGGUUGUGGUUACAGGAGUUGUCGUUGACGUGCUCUCGGUUGUGGUCAGAGGAGUUGUCGUUGACGAGCUCGCGGUUGUGGUCGUUGGUGCCGUCGUUGAUGAAGUUGACGUGCUCACUGUCGUCGUUAGAGGAGUUGUCGUUGACGUGCUCUCGGUUGUGGUUAGAGGAGUUGUCGUUGACGUGCUCUCGGUUGUGGUCAGAGGAGUUGUCGUUGACGAGCUCGCGGUUGUGGUCGUUGGUGCCGUCGUUGAUGAAGUUGACGUGCUCACUGUCGUCGUUAGAGGAGUUGUCGUUGACGUGCUUCCUGUCGUGGUUGAUGAAGUUGACGUGCUCUCGGUUGUGGUUAGAGGAGUUGUCGUUGACGUGCUCUCGGUUGUGGUUAGAGGAGUUGUCGUUGACGUGCUCUCGGUUGUGGUUAGAGGAGUUGUCGUUGACGUGCUCUCGGUUGUGGUUAGAGGAGUUGUCGUUGACGUGCUCUCGGUUGUGGUUAGAGGAGUUGUCGUUGACGUGCUCUCGGUUGUGGUCAGAGGAGUUGUCGUUGACGAGCUCGCGGUUGUGGUUACAGGAGUUGUCGUUGACGAGCUCGCGGUUGUGGUCGUUGGUGCCGUCGUUGAUGAAGUUGACGUGCUCACUGUCGUCGUUAGAGGAGUUGUGGUUGACGUGCUUCCUGUCAAGGAAGUUGACGUGUGCUCUCGGUUGUGGUCAGAGGAGUUGUCGUUGACGUGCUCUCGGUUGUGGUCAGAGGAGUUGUCGUUGACGUGCUCCGGUUGUGGUCAGAGUUGGUCGUUGACGUGCUCGCGGUUGUGGUCGGUGCCGUCGUUGACGUGCUCCGGUUGUGGUCAGAGGAGUUGUCGUUGA